UUAUUCAUUCCUUUUGUUAAUUUUAGAAAUUAAACUUAAAAUUGCAGUUUAACCCAUAAAGGUUUCAACAAUUUCUCUUGAAAUUCAUCAUUAACGUCUUCAUUGUCCUCUUGGUGAGUUGUUUAUUCACAAGAAGGCUAUGCAGACCACAGAAUGCUGGUCGAGGAUAAGAUACUGCAAUCUACAAUCUCCGGUAGCUUUUCGGUUCUUCGCAAAUUCCACUUAUUCAUGUAGAAAAAAAGAUAUAUGUGGCCACCGUAGUUUAGUGAAAUUCUCCAUCAGUUUAUGCCGUGGAUAUAAAGCUAACGUAAGGGCUUUCGCCGGUCAGAAACAGAAGAAAAGUUUGAAAAGAUUAGUUAAAAUACGGAAGGGUAAAAAUAUACAACCAGACGAAAGCGUAAGUCUAGAAAUUGAGUCGGCUUCAAGGGAUGAUCGUGUUCAAGAUGACAUUUUGACUUCCUCCUCUGAUAAUUUGGAGGUUCAGAACUCAUUUGCGGGCGUCCCAUCGAGGAAUGCUGUGCUUCAAGCAUGCACUGUCACUUCUUCUUUGAUUGGCGCGUUGGGUAUUUUAAUCCGGCAGGUUUCUCAUGUUGCAUCAACAGAAGGAUUGCCGAUCAUUGACUGCUCGAAAGAUAUAACCUUUAGCUUCGAAUUAUCGCAUUUACUGUUAAUUACGGAACUAGUUAUACUGGUAUCCUCAUGCCGUUACUUGUUAUUGAAGACAUGGACAGAUUUCGCAAAGUCUAGUGAAGCUGCGAAUCGGCAGGUUCUUACAUCACUAGAACCUCUGGAUUACAUAAUUGUGGCAUUUCUUCCUGGGGUUAGUGAGGUGAAUCUUGUUAUCCUAUGUGUGAAUUCAUUACAUAUACAGAACAUGGUACUAGUUUCGAAAACUACUUCGGAUUCUUGGGAUUUUUAUAGGAACUUCUUUUCCGUGGCGCUUUAUUACCUCUUUUUGGCGGCAAUUGGACGAGUAUCUUCGCAGUUGCAGCGUUAUUUGGGAUAUUGCAUUUGGGAAGUGGUCGAAAAUACUCCUUUGCAGUAUGGGCUACAUUUGUUGCAGUUGCAUAUGGUUAUGCUACGACUUUAUCUUCAAGUGUCGUGGUACCAAUGGCUUCUCAUGCACUUAACAACUUGAUCGGAGGCAUCAUAUGGCGCUACACAAUGCAAUCACCUAAACAAAUCGAGUAAUCGCUUGCUGGUGCAUUGCUUUACAUGCACCUUGCCUAUUCUUCAUUAGUGCUCUUCCAUGUAUGUUCGCUUUGUUUUGAUUUUUGGAUGGAAUUAACAAGUAGUGAGACAUCUUCGCCUUCGAGCUGGCGAAGUUGAGGCCUGAAAAAAGGUUUAUCUCGACCUGCAAUGUUUGUAUAUACCUCUAAAUAAUUUAAGUUUUUUUGGUUGUUGUAAUGGUACAUUACAAGCUGCAAAAAUUUGUCGUGUUUCUCUUC